GCGCAUAACACCAGCGGCGGAGGAAGGCAGCGACAAGGGGAAAGGACAACGGGAAUUUAGGCUGUGUCCCGUAUUUGGAAUAAGCAGGAGCAGACUGCAGCUCUCCUGCUGGCGUGAAACAAACCAACUCCUCUGUAACCUUCAGCGAGGACCCGCGUUUUGACUGCGAACUUCAUGAGUCACUGUAACUGCUCAGCUGCCCGUGGUUUUGAACUGGGGGAGAAACUAAAGCGACGUUUCGGGACGAAGAAUGGGAUUUAAAGAACAUAUCUGCCAGUACUGAGUUGUGAAAACAAGGGGAUAUUUUUUCCCAGUUGGAUAUAAGAAUAGCGAAUAACGCCGAAACGAGUUGAAUUCAGUUCAGCUUUAUUAACACGGUGCAUAUCAUAUGUCCACUCCUGGAAAAAGGGGGUCAAUGAUGGCAUUUAGGAGCGGAGAAAAGUAGCGUUAACGUUAGCUCGCUGGCUAGCUCAGUAGCUAACCUAGCAGGCUGCUAACUAAGCCUGUGUCGCCCUUCCAUUCCUGGAGCAGCGGAGGGGCGCUGGGGCUUUGUAGCAUUGCGGAUCUGCCUUGCAUUUUUGGGUUGCUGCAGGAAUGGAGAGCCCCAGAAAUCUGCCACAUCUACUCAUGAGGAUUUGUUGAACCACUACGACUUUGUUAUUUUACUAUUCACCACAAAGAGAAGAGCAGAAAGUUCCAGCAAACGGUGGGAUUUUAUCAAAAUUAGCCGGCCCGGGGCAGCUUGGGACUACUUCUUAUGUGUGGGGAUUGGUGUUAAAAAAUGGGGAAGUGCUGCACGUCUUAUCCACCUCUUAGAUACUGGACAUCGAGAGGGAGAUCAUGAAUAGGCUGGUUUUAACGCGGAAUUAGCCCCGGCUUGUCCUAAACUCAAAUCCUUUUUUAUUUUCAGGACAUAUUCAAGGUGAGCAAACUUCUUUACGGGCCCUCCUGCGCUCACUAACAGGCCGAGGGGGUGUUUGGUACUCUUCCCUUCCUCUCUUAACCUCUCCAUCAUCAUUACUUCAAAAACCAGCAAGCCGGAAUAAUGUCGGGAGAGGUGCGUUUGAAGAAGCUGGAGAAGCUGAUCCUGGACGGGCCAGUUCAGUCCACAGGCCAGUGCCUGAGUGUGGAAACACUGCUGGAUAUCCUGGUGUGUCUCUACGAUGAGUGCAACAACUCCCCGCUCAGAAGAGAGAAAAAUAUCUUGGAGUUUUUGGACUGGGCCAAACCCUUCACAUCUAAAGUGAAGCAGAUGCGCCUUCACAAAGAAGACUUUGAGAUCCUCAAGGUGAUUGGACGAGGAGCCUUUGGAGAGGUCGCUGUCGUAAAAGUGAAAAACACUGACAAGGUCUUUGCUAUGAAGAUUCUCAACAAGUGGGAGAUGCUGAAGCGAGCAGAGACGGCAUGUUUUCGGGAGGAGCGAGACGUGUUGGUAAAUGGAGACUGUCAGUGGAUCACCACCCUGCACUACGCCUUCCAGGAUGACAAUAAUUUGUAUCUGGUCAUGGACUACUAUGUGGGUGGUGACCUGCUGACUCUGCUCAGUAAGUUUGAGGACCGUCUUCCCGAGGAGAUGUCCAGGUUCUACCUGGCUGAGAUGGUGCUGGCCAUCGACUCUGUUCAUCAGUUACACUACGUACACAGGGACAUUAAGCCCGACAACAUUCUGCUGGAUAUGAACGGCCACAUCCGCCUGGCCGAUUUCGGCUCCUGCCUCAAGCUCAUGGAGGACGGGACGGUCCAGUCCUCUGUUGCAGUGGGGACUCCAGACUACAUCUCUCCAGAAAUCCUCCAGGCGAUGGAGGAUGGGAAAGGCAAAUAUGGCCCAGAGUGUGACUGGUGGUCCCUGGGUGUCUGCAUGUAUGAAAUGCUGUACGGCGAGACCCCUUUCUAUGCAGAGUCCCUGGUGGAAACCUAUGGGAAGAUCAUGAAUCACAAGGAGCGUUUCCAGUUCCCACAGCAGAUAUCAGACGUGUCAGAGGAAGCAAAGGAUCUGAUUCGCCGGCUUAUUUGCAGUCGAGAACACCGAUUGGGCCAGAACGGCAUUGAGGACUUCAAGCAGCACCCUUUUUUCAUUGGCAUCGAUUGGGACAACAUCCGCACAUGUGAGGCCCCAUACAUCCCAGAAGUCAGCAGUCCUACAGAUACCUCCAACUUUGAUGUGGAUGACGACUGUCUCAAGAACUCGGAGACCAUGCCCCCUCCCUCUCACACCGCCUUCUCUGGCCACCACCUGCCCUUUGUGGGCUUCACAUACACAAGUAAAUGUUAUCUGUCUGACCGUGGUUGCCUGCGGCAACUGACAGGAGUGUCGGGUACAGCAGGUCAGGACCAGUUGGACUUGGAUGUCCAGCGCAGCCUGGAGGACAGCCUUGCCACUGAGGCUUAUGAGAGGAGAAUCCGCCGCCUGGAGCAGGAGAAACUAGAGCUGAGUCGCAAACUGCAAGAGUCGACACAGACGGUGCAGGCGCUGCAGCAUCCAACGAGUGAGAGCCCCAUCAGCACCAACAAGGAGGUGGAGAUCAGGAGUUUGAAGAGCGAGAUCGACAUCCUCAAGAAGCAGAUCGCUGACUCUGGACAACUAGAGAAACAGCUAGAGGAUGUGACGUUGGCUCGCAGAGACCUGGAGGACUCCUCGAAAUACAUUAAAACUCUAGAGAAGCAGAUGAAGAACCUUACACAGGAGAGAGACGAUCUGCACAAGGAUCUUGUGGAUGCCAGUGAGAGAAUGAAGUCCCAGUCAAAGGAGCUGAAGGAUGCUCACAGUCAGAGAAAACUGGCCAUGCAGGAAUUUUCCGAGAUCAACGAGAGACUCACAGAACUCAGGUCGGCAAAGCAGCGUCUCGCUCGCCAGUUGCGCGAUAAGGAGGAAGAAAUUGAGAGCCAUAGUCAGAAGGUUGAGGCUCUCCGCCUUGAGAUGGAGGCGCAGGUAGAGGAGCAGGCAGAAGAGACUCAGAAAGAGAGGAAGCUCAGAGAGCGCAAUGAGCAGUACAGCCGACAGCUGGAGGAGGAGUUAGAAGGGCUUAAGCUUAAGCAGGCCGGUCCUUCAGCUUCUCCGGCCUCAGCUGACCAGACCCAAGAGGUAGGACGCCUGCGGGGAGACUUGGAGAAGAAAACACUCCUGUAUGAGGAGGAACUGGCUCGUAGGGAGGCGCAGCACAGCAGUGAAUUUAAGGCCCUGCGGAAGGAGCUGAGGGAUGCGGAGAGCCAGCAUCUCGCUCUGCAGAAAGAAAUCCUAAUGCUUAAAGACAAGCUGGAUAAGACUCGCCGUGAGAGCCAAAGUGAACGGGAAGAGUUUGAGACGGAGUACAAGCAGAAGUAUGAGAGGGAAAGAAUCCUGCUGACUGAGGAAAAUAAGAAGCUUUCCAGUGAAAUAGAUAAGCUGACGAGCAUGUUUGAGAAGGUGAGCAGUUCCAACCGGCAGCUGGAGGAUGAGAUGAGGGAACUGGCUGACAAAGAGGAGAGUGUGGCUCACUGGGAGGCCCAAAUCACUGAAAUCAUCCAAUGGGUGAGUGAUGAGAAGGAUGCUCGAGGAUAUCUGCAGGCUCUGGCCACCAAGAUGACAGAAGAGCUGGAAGGACUGAGGAACACCAGUCUGGGAGCCAGAGCCACGGACAUGCCAUGGAAGAUGCGUCGUUUUGCUAAGUUGGACAUGUCGGCCCGUCUGGAGCUGCAGUCAGCCUUGGAUGCCGAGAUCAGGGCGAAGCAGACCAUCCAGGACGAACUGAAUAAGGUCAAGGCCAACAACAUUUCCACAGACUGUAAACUGCAGGAGGUGGAGAGUAAAAACCAGGAACUCUUGGCUGAGAUUGAUCGGCUUAAAAAGGAGACCGAAGAACUUCGGCUACGAAGGGGUGUCAAGCACCCAGAUUCCCAGAAUUCCUUCUUGGAUUUUCUCAAUGCCCCCACCUCAGCACUCGACCAGUUUGAUGACUCUUAUUCCUCAUCCUCAUCCUCUUUAAUUGAGUUUUGGGAGGACCGCUCGCCAUCCGUUGGCCCAGCUAGCAAAGGCAGACGUGUGGACUCGAUGGAUAACUUCACCCCCUCCAACACUCCAUCCCGGGAAGAUGACCCCAAGUCCCACCUCAAGUCCCGCUCACGUUCACCAUCCAUGGCCAGCGAUAUGGAGCCUAUAGAGUUGAUGGAUCAUCCUCCUCGUAUAGUCCAGACCCCCACCAUGCGCUCAGGAGGAUACGGCAGUAUUGGACGCUCCUCACCCAAGCCCAAAGCACAUCAGUUUGUGGUGAAGACAUUCAGCACGCCCACUAAGUGUAACCAGUGCACUUCCCUCAUGGUGGGGCUCAUACGUCAGGGUUGUACCUGUGAAGUAUGCAACUUCUCCUGCCAUGUAACAUGUGCGGACAAGGCUCCUGCUGUUUGUCCGGUGCCCCAGGACCAGACUAAGGGUCCGCUGGGUAUCGACCCUCAGAGAGGCAUUGGUACUGCAUACGAAGGCCAUGUCAGGGUGCCCAAACCUACAGGAGUGAAGAAAGGUUGGCAGAGGGCGAUGGCUGUGGUGUGUGACUUCAAACUGUUCCUCUAUGAACUGGGAGAAGGAAAAGCAACACAACCAAGUGUAAUAGUCAGUCAAGUCAUAGACAUGAGGGAUGAAGAGUUUUCAGUCAGUUCUGUCCUGGCCUCUGAUGUCAUCCACGCCAGCCGCAAAGACAUCCCCUGUAUAUUCAGAGUGACUGCGUCACAGCUCUCCCCCUCCAGCAGCCACAAGCCCUCCAUCUUAAUCCUGGCUGACAGUGACCAGGAGAGAAACAAAUGGGUGGGCCUCCUCAACGAGCUCCACCGCAUCCUCAAGAAGAACAAGCUCAAGGAGCGGUUUGUCUACAUCCCCAAGGAGGCUUACGACAGCACGCUGCCACUCAUCAAGACAACACAGUCUGCUGCUAUCAUAGAUCAUGAGCGUGUCGCCCUGGGCAACGAGGAAGGUCUUUUUGUCAUCCAUGUCACCAAAGAUGAAAUAAUCCGGGUGGGAGACAAUAAGAAAGUGCACCACGUCGACCUGAUCCCCCAGGAGCAGCUGCUGGCCGUCAUCUCCGGCAGGAAUCGCCACGUCCGUCUCGUCCCCACACAGGCACUGGACGGCCGCGAGAUCGACUCGCACAAGCUGGUCGAGACGAGAGGCUGCCAGACCAUCGUCUCUGGCCCCGUCCGCAACAGCUCGCUCACCUGCCUCUGUGUGGCCAUGAAGAGACAGAUCAUAUGUUAUGAGGUGAAUAAAAGUAAAGGGCGUCACCGUCGGUUGCGAGAGUUUCAGGCACCAGGUCUGGUCCAGUGGAUGGGUCUGCUCAGCGAGCGACUCUAUGUGGGCUAUCAGUCCGGCUUCACCCGAUACAGUGUCCAUGGUGACAUGUCUCCCGUCAGCCUGCUCCACCCUGAGGACCACACCCUGGCCUUUAUCCCCCAGCAUAGCUUGGAUGCUCUCUGUGCUGUGGAGAUUUCCAGCAAAGAGCUGCUGCUGUGCUUCAGCGCCAUCGGGGUGUACGUGGACUCUCAGGGCCGGAGGUCGCGUCAGCAGGAGCUGAUGUGGCCAGCUGCACCCAACGCCGCCUGCUACAACGCCCCCUACCUGUCAGUUUACAGUGAAAAUGCUGUUGAUGUUUUUGACGUCAACACCAUGGAGUGGAUUCAGACCAUCCCUCUCAAGAAGGUGCGGCCACUGAACGUUGACGGCUCUCUGAACCUCCUGGGACUGGAGACGGUCCGGCUUAUCUACUUCAGAAACAAGAUGGCUGAGGGUGACGAGCUGGUCGUCCCGGAGACGUCAGACAACAGCAGGAAGCAGAUGGUGCGCAGCAUGAACAACAAGAGGCGCUUCUCCUUCAGGGUGCCUGAGGAAGAGCGACUUCAGCAGAGGAGAGACAUGCUGCGAGACCCAGAGAUGAGGAACAAGCUGAUCUCCAACCCCACCAACUUCAACCACGUAGCCCACAUGGGACCAGGAGAUGGGAUCCAGAUCCUUAAAGACCUGCCCAUGAACGUCCGUGUUCAGGAGAACCGUGCAGGCUUCAGCGGUUCAGUCAGUAUCCCCUCCAUCACCAAGAACCGGGGUGAGCCAGGCCGCUCUAUGAGCGCCAGCAGUGGACUGGGCAUCCGCUCGUCCUCACAGAAUGGCAGCGCCUUGCGCAGAGAGCUGUCAGGCGGAAGCUACAGCUCUAAACGUCAGACCAUGACGUCUCCCUCUGAAAGCUCUUUGUCCUCUGGUGGAGGAAUGGACUGCGGUGAUGCGCCACUCUCACAGUUUGACAGAGAGUGGCAGGCGGUCUCACCGUCGGAGAAGACCCCCGAUCUGAAAAGGGCUUUAAGGACCCUGCUUAGUAAGAUGAAGGACUCGGACUCCCCCCGUCACUCCACGGCCUCCAACAGCUCCACCUUCAGCAGCCCCCCCAGCCCGGCCUCCCCACACAAGACCAAGUCCCUGUCCCUGGAGAGCACAGACCGCAUGGCCUGGGACACAUGAGCCUCCUCCAGCCUCGUCGUCCACUCGUCAUUACCAACGACCGACCGACCGACCGACCGACUAACGACAGACUGACCGACAGCACAGGACUCCAAACCUUCCUCCUCCUCCUCCUCUUCUCCUUUCUUCUUCUUCCUCCCCUUCCCCUUCCCCCCUUCACUGCCCAGUGAACUGCACCUCCUGCUCCCUCCUCGUCAACGUUUGUCCCACUUCACCGCUUCAGUUUGUCUCUCGCCGCAGCUCCAGCGAGAAACUGAGGGAGAAUCUGAUCCUGUUUCAACGCUAGUGCUGAUGUCUGAACGUCUGAGUGUGUGUGUGUGUGUUAGU